UUUCUGUCGGUCCGCGGGGAAGUCGCAAGAUGGCCGACGUCGCAUGAAAGUAUGUUCCUCUCCUCAACAUGAAGUCGUGAGUGAGACAGAGAGCGAGGGAGCUUACGUCGGGCUUUUGUUUUUGUUUUAUUUUAGUUGUUUUACUUUAUUUUCCCCUUAAUUAUUCAUCUCAUUCCGAAUCGCGGCAGCCCCCGAUUUGUCUCGACUCGUUGACGCGUCAAUCACGCCGGGAUCUUGGCUAACUGGCUAACUGCGCGAGCUAGUUUGUUAGCCACAAACUGUAGCUCUUAUAACUGUUAACCAUCACAGGAUAUACUGUAUUCACUAGCAGCUAGAGUUAGUUUGAAUCACCUAACGGUCAUGUUGUAUAUCAACGGCGUAGUUGUUGUUUAGUUUGCAGCUAGAAAGGUUACAAAUAGGAUUAUACUUUGAUGUUACUAACACUGUCGACAUCAUAACUGUAGCGUGCGCGCCGUUAUCCUCCAUCGUUACGUUGUAGACCGUGCAAUAUUGUAAUUGAUCAAAACAUAGAGACUGUAGCGGGAUUAAACUAUUGACACAGUAAGGAAUGGACACAGAUUGCAUUUACACGACCAAACGUAAAAAAUAGCCACGCGUAUCUGGAAUUUUACAGGGGGUCGGUUGGCACUUGCAUUUGUGGCAUAAUUUACCAGACAUUUCAGCUCUUUAGUUAUCCAACUACAACCGGACAGAUCUAGUUCUGAGCACACAACCUAGAAAUCAACUUCUUAACAAGGUUCAUCCAUCUCAAGCGCUUAGACACAAUAUGGGAGUGCAAGGGUUUCAGGAGUAUUUGGAGAAACGCUGCCCUGGGGCGGCAGUUCCAGUAGAUCUUCUCAAGCUCGCGCGAACCGCAGGCCGUCAGCCCCCACACCACCACCACCACCACCAUCAUCACCACCACCACCACCAUCCCCAUCAUCCCAGCUCGCUGCCUCCGCCUCCCCCGCCAGCGCGCAUUCUGGUUGACGCAGACUCUGGCCUUCAGCGGCUCUACGGGGGCUACCAGACCGACUGGGUUUGUGGAGGCGAGUGGAAUGCAAUGCUCGGCUAUCUGGCGGCGCUCUCCCAGGCCUGUUUGUACCAAGGAGGACUGGAGCUGGUGGUGGUUUUUAACGGCACGCUUGGGAAGGAUCGCUGGCCGGAGUGGGCGCGGCGGGCGCAGGGGCAGCGACAGACCGCACAGCUCAUCGUCAACCACGUCGGAAGCAAGGCGACGCCCCCUCCGCGGGCCUGGUUUCUGCCCCCGGCCUGCCUGAGCCACUGUGUCCGCCUCGCCAUGUUCCGAUUCCGCGUGCGGGUGGUGCAGACCCUGGAGGACCACCAUCAGGAGGUGCUAUCCCUGUACAGAGACUAUGGUUUUCAGGGUCUGAUUGCACAGGACUCAGAGUUUGCGCUAUGCAACGUUCCAGCCUAUUUCAGCUCCCACGCUCUCAAGCUCUCCUGGAAUGGCAAGAAUCUGACCACUCACCAGUACCUGCUAUCAGAGGCGGCUCGCCAGCUUGGCCUCAAGACCCAGCACCUGCCCAUCUUUGCUGCUCUUCUUGGUAACCAUAUUCUGCCAGAUGAAGACUUGGCUGCCUUUCAUUGGAGUCUGCUAGGCCCAGAACACCCUCUUGCCUCCCUAAAGGUAAGGGCUCAUCAGUUAGUGCUCCCUCCAUGUGAGGUUGUUAUUAAGGCUGUAUCUGAGUAUGUGGCAUCCAUCAAAGAUCUUGGGAAUUUAGAUUCGGUGGCCAAGGAUGUUUUCAAGCAGUCACAGUCACGAACUGAAGAUAAAAUUGAGAGGUUUAAGAAGGCAGUGGAAUACUUUUCAGCGGCCAGUAAACCAAGACCUCUCUCCAUGGGACCUUCUCCUUACCUCUUUCCAGGCUUUGGGCCUAGUCAGUUUAGCGGACCUCCAGGCCACAUGGGGGCAAUGCAACCUGUAAAAGCUCAGUUUGGUCCACCCCAGGUGUCAGGUGUUAAGGUGCCUUAUCCAGGUGGGCUCUACGGACCCAGCCCUGCCACUGGUCCAGCCCUUUUAUGCCAGAACCCAACUCAGCCUCUGCAGGACUGUAAUGACUCACCAGUUGGGAAAAUGGGCUUUGCUGAUUGGUCUGCUCCAUAUGAUUCCUCUCAAGGUGGCAACCGACAGCCCAAUCAUCACACUGCUGCUCCUACAGGCCCCUCCCCCUCAUCAUCGUCGUCUUCAGAUGGGGAGGAGCAAAAUGACACCAGCACUAAUCAUUUGGCUGACAAGUCUACAAGAUGGGAAGAUCCCAGUGGACGGGGUGGCAGUGGCUCUGGGGAUGGGCACCAUGGUAACGGAAGUGGGCCGUCCAUUCCAUCAUUGCUGUCCAUGCCAACGCGAAGUCACAUGGACAUCACAACUCCACCCCUUCCACAGGUCAGUGCCGAGGUGCUGAGAGUGGCAGAACACAGACACAGAAGAGGACUCAUGUAUCCACAGAUCUACCACAUCCUGACCAAGGGGGAGAUGAAGAUGCCAGUGUGUAUAGAGGAUGAGUGCAACCCCGACCUGCCUCCUGCUUCUCUACUUUUCCGUUCUGCCCGCCAGUAUGCCUACGGGGUGCUGUUCAGCUUGGCUGAGACCCAGCGGAGGCUGGAGAGACUGGCCAUGCGCAAGCGUAGUCCAGUUGACGUGCCUCCGGUGAUUGUAAAGGAGUGGUGUGCCAGUAAAGCUAAAUCUGCCCUGACCCCAGAGCUCGUCCCAGCCCUGUGUUUCCGUGAGUGGACGUGUCCCAACCUGAGGCGGUUGUGGCUGGGCAGAGCGUCUGAGGACCGUAGCCGCCGUACACGAGCCUUCCUAGCCUGCAUGCGCUCUGACUGCCCUGCCCUGCUCAACCCGACCUGUGUGCCAUCUCACCUGCUGCUCAUGUGCUGCGUGCUCAGGUAUAUGAUGCAGUGGCCGGGGGGUCGCAUUCUUCAGCGCCAUGAGCUUGAUGCCUUUUUGGCUCAAGCUGUGUCCAACCAGCUCUAUGAGCCUGACCAACUUCAGGAACUCAAGGUGGAGAAGGUGGAUAACCGUGGGGUGCAGCUGGCCUCUCUGUUCAUGAGUGGAGUGGACACUGCCCUGUUUGUGAAUGAUGUAUGUGGACAGCCCUUGCCAUGGGACCACUGCUGCCCUUGGGGCUUUUUCGAUGGGAAGUUGUUCCAGAGCAAGCUAGCUAAAGCCACCAGAGACAGAGCCUCCUUACUUGAUAUGUGUGAAGGCCAGGAGGAGCUGGUUUCGAGAGUGGAGAAGAUGCGCCAGGCCAUUCUGGAAGGCAUCAACCUGUCCCGGCCGCCUCCCCCACCUCCACCACUGCCACCCCCUGCAUUCCUCCCCCCUGCCAUGGUGCCCCCUUUCUACCCCAUGCAUCCUCUAUACCCUCCUCGCCCCCUGGGCUCAAUGCCUCCUCCUCCUCACCAUCACCACCAGCACCGGCCCAGGGCCUUCCCAGGAAUCCAGUCUAUACCUCCCCAGGGUGGCAAGCUGGAAAUAGCUGGCAUGGUUGUUGGUCAGUGGGCUGGGAACAAACCAGUCCGUGGCAGAGUCAAUAUGCAGGUGGUGUCAGUAGGAGGGAAAGGAAGGGGUAAAGAAUUGACAGUGAAAGGAAGGGGAGGGAAGAAAGUGACCACCAACAGAACACAGACUCUGUCCUCUUCACCACCCUCCUCCAGCCCACCAAAGCUCACCGAGGACGCUAAAGCGGUGGGGCGGCCCACGGAGGGAACGGGGACCGCGUCGCAGCAGCUGAAUGGCAGCUCUUCAGGAAGCGCCACUGGUCAAGCUCUUGACCUGCCACCACUGGCCCAGCCAAUCCAGUGUGCCUUAGCCAGCAGAGACAACCAGUCAGGAGAUGGGGUGGAGGUAGAGGCUCCUUGUUGCCUUGACGACUGCCCAUCAGAUGGUGCACUACAGAAAGAGGACAUGUGCCCCCAAGACCGUCAAGUCGAGACAUCCAUUUGUAGGCAACACAUUCUGUCGUCUGUUCUUGGAAAACCGAUCCGUUCAUCAACACAAACGCAUUGAUGCAUGCAUCAAGAUCUCCAAAAGCUCCAAAAAACUUGUGAAGUGAAGGGUAAAGUUCAUUAUUAUUAUUGCUGUUAUGGUUAUGAUCGUUAUUAACAAUUUCUCAUUUUUAGUAUAAAGAAAGCACCUGAUUGUUUUGGAAAGAAACUUUUUCUUUUUAAUUUGUCUUGCUGUUGUGGUCUGAUUUCACAGUGGAUUGGGGAGAAAGCCAAAAGGCUCAGAAAGAGAGAGAGAGUCAAAGUUGGCAGUCAUGUUUGUAUGGUUGGGAAAUGACUUACAGUGCUGAAAUAAAAUUUAUUCUUUUAGUAAA